AUGAAGGAAAUAAACAUUAAUAUUGAAGGAUAUAAUGUAAACGGAAUAUGUGUCGGCUGCCUGAACUAUAACCGUCGUAUGCACUAUGAUAACGAUAUAAAAGUGUGUUUUAAAUUACUUGGCGAAAUUGAUAUAUCAGAUGGUUUGGAAGUUCAACUAUGUUGGGAGUGCCUGGCGUAUGUAAAAAAAACUUUGAACUUCAGACAACAAAUUUUGAAGUCAUUUGAUUUCCUUAUCAAAUAUUCUCAGGAGAAAACAUUCCUGGACUCACCGGAUGAUUUCAAACACCACACUACCACAAAACUGUCAGUUGUGUGUUUCCAAAACGUGGAAUGCCCACCGAACUACACGAUUGAUAAAGAAGAGAUAGAGUUUGGAGUUAAAGAGGAAACUGAGGGGGAGGAAAAUUUUGUAUUUGAUGUACCUAUAAAAGAAGAAACAGAAGAUAUACUCCACGAUACAGCCUUCGAGGAUCUCCCAUCAGCGCACGACGCGACCUCAGAAGACGACAUUCAACUUUCCCUGCUAAAAGAUAGAACAGUCAAAGUUAAAAAAAAGAGGAAGAAAAAAGAUUUGGAGGAAAAUGACGUCACGGACGAUAGCAAUAAAAAUAAGACUGAUAGAGUUAAGAAAAGGAAGACGAAGAAGAAAGAGAUUGAGGUAACACCAGAACCAGAAAUUCAACCAAUAGAAAAGACAAACAGAAAGCUAAAGAACCUUCCAGAAGACAUGGUGGAAUUGUACACAAUGACAGAGAAGGAGAUGUGGGCCAUCAGAGACGAAGACAGAGAGAGCAAAGAGUUUCUCAAAUUAAAGUUUAAAUGCGAUGAUUGUAUAAAAGGUUUUAAUACUGAAAAAUUGAAAAAUGAUCAUUUUAAUGGAAAACAUCAGGAGAAAGGCGAAAACUGUCAUCAAUGUGAAGUCUGUCAAGCUUAUUUCCUGACGAAAGACAACGUGGCAUCUCACCGAGCCCUCCACCUCGCUGCCUAUAAAUGCAUACUGUGUAAUUUGAAAACCACACUCAAGAUUCGCAUGUUGAAACAUGUCACACAACACAGGGACAUACAGCAGCAUAUGUGUGACACUUGCGGCGGGAAAUUCAGUACAAAAUCAAAACUUUCCUAUCACCGGUCUAUUUGCCGACAAGAGAGGCCUCAGUGCGACUGCUGCGGGAAAGUGUUCGCUAAUAAAAUGACUUUAAAGUAUCAUUUGAAGAUUCUACCUCACAAUAAAGAAGAAAAGCCGAAGGAGACGUUAUAUAUACCAUGCAAAGGAUGCGACAAGGUAUUCCACUCGAAAAAGAGUUACAGAGCUCACGUCGUGAUCCACGACGGGCUGACGUACCCGUGCCCCACCUGCGGCAAGCUGUUCCAGUGGAAGCGCAACCUGGCGCGCCACACGCGCAACCACCGCGAGCGCGAGGCGGGCGCGCUGCACGAGUGCCGCGCCUGCGGGAAGAGCUUCGCCAGCCGCGACUGCUACAACAACCACAUGCGCAUGAGCAAGCGACACGUGCCGGAGGACGCCUACCAGCACGAAUGUACCUACUGCAGCAAGAAGUUUCCUACAAAAUGGUGCCUCACUGAUCAUAUUGAUUGGGAUCACCUCAAGAGGAUCAAGUAUCAGUGCAGUGUUUGUUUUAAGCCGUUCAAAACAGCAAAAAUAAUGGUUGCCCAUGUCAACAAUAUACACGAAGGGAAGAAGAAAGAGGCAGAAGGGGAACAUCUGUGUGAAAUUUGUGGGAAAUCCUAUAAGACCGUGAAACGCCUAAAAGGCCACGUAUGGGCGAUGCACACAAAGAGGUCCAACACGAAGAGUUACAAAUGCAAACUGUGCCCUGCCACCUUCACGUGGCAAACCAGCAUCUACAAACACAUGAAGAUGAUGCACGACACCAACAAGAAGACCAAGCCCUCACGUCCCGUACCACCAGUGAAGAAAGAAGAGCCUUACCCGGGAAUCGACUUGGCGAACCAUAUGCAGUACCUGAACAUGGUGCAUAUACAACCUUUGGGAGUCAAUCAAAAUUUAGUCUGA